GUUCAGCUGCGGAGAUGAUAAAAUAGAGUAAAAGCUGUUGUUGAAGCAAUUGCAAGUUCUAAACUUCUGUACAAACUUGAUAAUAAUAUUGUGUUACAUUUUAAUUUAUUUUUACGAAAUAUAUUUCGCAACUUUUUAUAUUAUGUGCGGCGUAUUCAAUACAGUAUUUUUUAUUUACUAGUGUAUUUCAAAUAUUGCUACCUGUUUCUGCAAUUUCUUCAGUGUUCAUAUAUGAUGUCGAUACAAAAGACGGCCGAAGUGCAUCCACUCAGCAAGGUUUGGCAAUCGUUUCGAAUAUAAAUUGCGCUGGAUUUCACCCAAAAGACGAAGCCGAAUUGCGUCAAAAGCCGAAAGAUUUUCGUAUUGUGUGCUGAUCUGGCUCAGGAAUCGAACCGUACGAAAAGUACCGAUAGAGAGAGAAAAUAAAGUUUAAAAAAUGGUGCUAGUUAUAGAUGGACUGAUACAAGAGGAACAUCCUCCAGAUUCACGUACCCUGUUCCUGAAAUAUCCGUCUUUCAAAGAAACAAACAAUCAAUUUUUAUCAAUACAACCGAAAGUGAUCGGACCAACGUGUUUAUUAUACGUUCAACAACGUGAAAUGGCUGUUACCAUGUCGUACGAUAAAAGUAUUAAUAUUAUUGGCUCGGACGACGUUACAACGUGUAUAAUAAUUAUACUAAGACACACAGGCUCAGGAGCCGUUGGCUUGGCUCAUUUAGAUGGCAAUUGUACCGAAGAAUGUAUCAUUAGCAUGGUACAUAAGGUGCAAGGACUUUCUGUCGGUGUUCAAGGUAGAUUAGAGUUGCACAUGGUUGGCGGAUUUUCCGAUCUGCAUAAUUAUUCGGAGGAUUUGUUCUUCGGAAUCAUGCAUUCUUUUCACAAACAAACGUUAGAAAUUGAUUUAAAAUUGGCUUGUGUCGGAGAAUACAACACAGUUAUGCGAAACAAUGUUCGUUGGCCCAUCAUUUAUGGAGCUGGUGUAAAUAUCAAAACAGGAGAAAUAUUUCCAGCUACUUUCGUCGAUAAAGGACCCGAAAGACCGCUCAGAAUAGCUAGACAAUUGACAGGCGGACAACAGGUUUUAGACAUAUACGAUUGCUCUUGCGGUUUAUUGAAAAUAGGACCUUUUAAUUACGAACCAUUGCGAGGCGUCGACCUGUGGUUGAAACAACCCGAUGAAUUUGUACUUCAGCACUUAUCCACGACACCGGAUGUCGAACCACCACACUUCGUUAACGAGGUGAAAGCUGCUUUAAAAUAUAUUCAAGAUAAUCCAUUCCCGGCAGUCACAGUGUUUCGGGAUAACAGACCACAUUAUUACAGAAAGGAUGAAAAUACUGGAUUAUGGAUUCCGUUUUAAUGCACCUCCAAGUAUGAGCGUUUAUGUGCAUUUAUACCAUGAUACUUUCCUACUAUCGAAAAACGCAGUACAAUAAUGAUUUAAUUAUUUCUUCUUGUUCACGUGUAAAUACGAGUAUUCGAAUGUAUUAUAUUUGUAUAUUUUUUCUAAUUUUUGUAAUUUCGUGAUCGCGAAAUGAUCGCGACUUGUGGUAAUAUUUAAUUUUUUUCUCAUAAGUAUAUUGCAAAAAAAAGAAUCAAAACUACCUUUAUGGUUGGGUAAACGUUACGAUAAUUUAAGUACAAAUGCAGUGCUAUUUGAAAGACAAUUUAUAGAAAGAAAGAGUGCCAAUUUAAAAUAUUAUUCAAGUUCCUAAAAAUAUUCGUUCAUUCGUUUUAUACGAAAAGUUCAAGUUCAUGACAAGAUUUUGUAAGCUAUAGUAUAUAAAAUUUUGAUAAUGAAAAAUAUAGGUAUGGAUAUUUACGAAUUACUUUUUUAUACCAAACGUGUAUCUCUGAUUACAUAACAAUGAAUGAUUUUUAAAAAUGUAGCCUCCAGUUGGCGAAUUUUUUCACAAUUGUUUAAUCGAACCAGUUUUUUUUUGUAGUUUGAAUUUUAUUAUUUUAUUGGUUAGAUUCUUUUUACUUGUUGGACUUUAUCCUGGUACCAAAGUGCUCAGAGUACUGAUGAUUUUUCUGUGGCACAACGCGAUGUGAAUGUGAUAGAAAUGAAAGUUUAAGUUUUCAAUUUUUUUUCCACUAAGUUUAGAGAUGUAUUUUUGUUUUUUGUUCAAUUUUGUUAUUAAUUUUAAGCAUAAUUUCGCGUUUGUUGUUAACGUUAGAUUUUUAUCGAUGUAUUGUCAUAUCUUUGUGAGAAAAUACAACAUUUUUUUAUUUCGUAA